ACAGUAUUCAUGACAUUAAUGACAUCAGCAUGUGUACUGUAGUAGGUUGUGUCACAUUUAGUUCUGAAAUAAAAAGGGAUAUUACUUGGGAAGGACUACAUCUCCACGAUUCCAGCAGUAUUCAGUGUUGGGAUGCAUAUAUUAAUACUUGAAGCAAGAAUUAAAAUGCUACUCUCAUUCGUGCUACUUUUAUACAAGAUCAAAUAAUCGGCUUCCCAUCAUGCUCAAGGGAUAUCUUCUGGUCCUAUUGGUCUUCACUAAACAUUCCACGUCGUUUUCUCAAGACUUACGUUUGCUGUGUCCAGCAGGCUGGACAGAUAUCUAUAAUGUAUGUUACCAGUUGUUGCCAUCAAUUACCCUACAUUGGAAGCAAUCGUCUGAUGUUUGCCAAAGGUAUGGAGGUUGGCUAGUAAGACCAUCAGGAUUUGUUAUGACUGAAAAAAUAGGAUCCUUUGUUAACUAUUUGGAUGGCAAUAUCACUAGUUUUUGGACUGGCUACAAAACAGUCCCAAGUGAUAGUGAUAUCGAUGCAGUUUGGAGUGAUGGCUCUCCAACUUCUGUUGAUGUUGGUGUAUGGGGAGAUGGAGAACCAAACUUACAGGCUGGAUCUUGUGCAUUCUUAAGAAAAACAAAUGGUAACUGGUUAUGGUAUAUGGGAAAUUGUGAUCAAAUGAGUUCAGUUGUUUGUGAACGCUCACCAUGUCCUGUAGGGACAUUUCACUGUGAUUCUGGACUUUGUUUGUCAUCUUCUUUGGUCUGUAAUGGGGAAGAUAACUGUGGGGAUUUUUCAGAUGAAAGAAACUGUUCCCAGUACUGUGCCUAUUACAUUUCUUCAAGGGAGAAAACCAUUCAGUUUCCUUCUAGUCCACAAAUAGUUUAUCCCCAACAACAAACAUGUCAGUGGGUUAUAGAAGGGGAAGUUGGGAAAAGACUUCAGUUUGAGAUUCUAGAGUUCAGCACAGAAUAUGGUGUAGAUUUCUUAGAGAUUUGGGUAGGAGGAAGAAGUGUUAGCACUAGUGGACUGCUUGCAAGAUUAUCUGGAACACUGGAACAAGUCCAAGUGGAGACACCAUUGUAUUCACCCAAUAAUUUAGCUCUUUUGAGAUUUGUUUCUGACAAAACUAUUUCCAGUUCAGGUUUUCAAAUUCGGUGGAGAUCAGAUUUUGAAUGUGACUUAUUGAAAGCACCUGGCCUUAUAUUUGAAUCCAAGUCUCUUAUACCUAUAUCAUCAUUGAAGUUAACACAGCUGGAAUGCUACAGUGUCUGUCUCCAAGAUACAUUAUGUGUGGCCUUGACAUUCAGCAGCAAAGAUCUGAUGUGUUAUAAGAGUACACAAAUGCCAAGACUGAUUUCCAAUCAUGAAAAACAAUUGAAUUGGACGUAUAUCAAGACAUGUCCUGGCCUUAGUGGAAAACAAAUUCUAGGUAAUAUUCCAGUACAACCUUCAACAUUAUAUGCUACUACUAGACCUCAGCAGUUGAUGUCACCUCUUUAUCCUUUUAACUAUCCCAGUCAGUACACUUAUAUAUGGACUAUAUAUUCACCUGGUCGAAGGCUUGUUACUGUUGAGAUUAUUGAUAUUGAAUUGGGAAAUGAAGAUUAUUUACAAAUUUAUGAUGGCUCUACUUUGGAUUCUAACAUCCUUGAUCGAUUGUCUUCUCAAUCUGUGUACAGCAAUCCAAUUAUUUCAACUGGAAACAGCAUUUUGAUAUAUUUCAGUUCUACAAGUUUCACUAGAGCUAAAGGAUUUUUAUUAUCCUACAAAGCAGGCUGCAGCUAUGAAGUUACUGCCAAUGAAGGGGAGAUCCACUCACCAGGAUUCUACUUAAACCCCUCAGUGUAUCCCAAUGUUUUGAACUGUACUUGGAUCAUAAACUCUGAACAGAGAAGACCACUCAAGCUAACUUUCACCAAUUUUUCCUUAGAGUCAGAGAAAGAUUACCUACAGAUCUAUAAGGAUCUUAAUGAAAUUCAAGCAUAUCCUGGAUUGGGAUAUACUGGAGAAUUACUUCCUUUUGACAUCGAGUCUUCAGAUGGUAGAGUAAAAGUUGUCAUGUUAUCAUCAGCAGUUGUUUCUGGAACAGGAUUCAGAGCCUAUUAUAAAACAGGUUGUAUCCCACUCAAUGACACAUCACUUGUGUUACGCCCUUUGGAACCAGCAUUUCAUGGAGUCACUUAUAAUGUAACAUGUCCAGAAUAUUACAUCUUUGACAAACCAUACAAAGGAUUGCAAUCUUUAGUGAUAACUUGUGAUACUUCUGGAGUCUGGGACAAGGCUGUUCCUUCUUGUACAAGAGUAGUUUGCAGCAGUCUUCCAACUGUUCAACAUGGACAUAUAACUCGUACUGAGGAUGUUUUCUCAGGCAGCUACCUUCAUUAUGUGUGCAACACAGGCUAUAAAUCUAUUAAUGGUACUUGGGAUGGAGCAAGCAUUUGUAAUGUAACUGGUGACUGGGUACCUUUACCCAGUUGUUUAUCUAUCUCUCAGUGUGCAGUUGUCCUAGCACCUAGUUCAGGUCAUCUCACUUUCAUGUUAGGGAAUGGUACAGAGCAGGGAUCAACUUUACAUUUUUCAUGUACCUAUGGAUUUGAGCUGAUAGGUGCUGAAGUCAUCACCUGUAUUAAUGGGUCUUGGUCUUCAGAGCCACCUAAGUGUAUUAGGAUCAAAUGUGGUCUUCCUUAUAUAGAGAAUGCUACUAUGAGAUCACCUUCACUAGAAGUAGGUUUAGGUGACCUGAUUACAGUCACCUGUUUACCUGGGUUCUACUUGUCUGGUUCAAGUACUUUCUUUUGUGGAACACCUUCAGUACUUCCAAGUUGUAUCAAUAUCAAUGAAUGUAACAGCAGUCAAACAUAUUGUAAUCAACUGUGUGCUGAUGAAAUAGGCUCCUUUAAAUGUUUGUGUCUUAUAGGCUACACACUCAGUGCAGAUAAUCAUACAUGUACAGAUAUUGAUGAAUGUUCUAUGAACAAUGGUUACUGUGAACAACUCUGUACCAACACAAUAGGCAGCUAUGUUUGCUCUUGUCCUAGGCUCAAUGCCACUUUGUUCCAGCAAGAUGGACAGUCUGAUAUAUUUAUACCAGAAUCAGAAAAUGGCCUAGAAUAUUGGAAUGUAUAUUACUUGAACCAUUCCUGUAUAGAGCCAAGUGAAAUAAUGUGUCCAAAGUUGUCUGCCACUGUUACUAAUGGAAUGAUAUUGUCACACAAGUCAAGAUAUACAGCAGGUGAUACUGUCACUUAUUUGUGUCUGAUUGGGUUCUCUUUAGUAGGUUCUAAUGUACUGACCUGUUUGACUUCUGGUCAGUGGGAUGGAACACCUCCAACAUGUAAAGCUGCCACCUGUUCAACUCCUAAACUAAGUUCCUCAGUAGUGAGUCCAAGCUUUUCCAUCAACUACUUACAGUACUUUAAUGCCACCUGUACUGUUCAAGGUUUGGGGGAGGUAGCCAUGAGAUCAAGGUGUGUUUAUGAUAUCAAAGUUCAUGCAUAUCAAGCUGAAAUAUCAAGUCUACAGUGCCCUGCAGCUCUUACUUGUGAAAUACCUAGUCAACUGCCAGGUACUGAGCCCUAUAUGUUUACAUCCACAACAUAUGGCAGUAGUUUUAUCUUUAAAUGUAAAGGCAACUUCAUGAUUCAAGGUCAAAGCUCAAUCAGUAGAACUUCAGUGGUCACUUGCAUGUCCAGUGGUUUCUGGGAUUUUGGUGAUCUAAGGUGUAUGGGUGCUAGCUGCAAUGAUCCAGGCACAAGUCCUGGUGUCCAACAAAUCACUCAAUCCUAUGAAGAGUACAGUCUAGUCUACUACCAGUGUGAGAGAUCAGACUUUGAACUGACUGAUAAGAGACCUUUACUGUGUGAGUGGAAUACAGUACAAAAAGUCCUACAGUGGAACAGUACAGUACCACAUUGUGUUGAUGUUGAGCCCCCAAAGAUUUUACAUUGUGAUACACACAGAGUUGUCAUUGAAAAACUCACUGCUCCAAAUCUAGUGGAACCUAUAGCACUUGAUAAUGUAGAGGUGGCAAGUUUUACCAAGUCUCCAGUCAACUUCUAUAUGAGUCAUGUAGUAUCUGUCAACACCACAAUUACAUACACAGCUAGGGAUUUUGCAGGCAAUCAAGCUACAUGUACCAUUGAUAUUGUUAUCAAAGAUGAGCUUCCACCAACUCUUCAAUGCAUUUCCUCAUUUACCUACACCUUGACAGAUGUGAAUGAUGUCAAGUCAUUUGACUUAAGUCAAUUUGUGACAUCUCUCACAGAUGAUUCUAGUACUGUAAAUGUAAUGUACUCGCCAGCUAAUCUUGUGGUAGAUAGGUUCAGUAAUGGCCAGGUUUACACUGUCAAAAUAUCAGCCAGUGAUCUUUCAGGCAACUCUCAUUCAUGUCUGGUGCAGGUCAAAGUUCAAGGCCCUGUCUGUAGCAAUUGGAGUUUAACAGUGAGAAAUGCUUCCAUAAGCUGUAUAGAAACACUUGAUGGCUAUAUGUGCACUGUAGUGUGUGAGCCUGGCUAUGUAUUCUAUGAGAACCCCCUACAGAACUCAGUGAAUAUGUCUUGUACUCAAACUCAAGGCUGGUCUAGAAAGAAACCUGUUUGUGUAGCCUCACAUACAGCUGAGUACAAUAGUUCACUUGGGAGUAUGUACUCUUGUUACAAGAAUGAAGAACUGAAAAAUAUCUCAAACAGACACAUUUGUGUUUCCUGUCCACCUGGAUUGUUGACGUCUGCUGAUGCCACUUGCACUCCUUGUCCAGCUGCUACUUAUUUGGAUAGCAUCUAUGAAGAUUGUCUCCCUUGUCCAGCUGGAUCAAACUGGCUGAAUACUGGGGCCACUUCUGUCAUGGACUGUUACUUAACUUGUCCUGAUGGAUACACAUCUGCUAGUGGUGAGGCUGUCUGUCAGAUAUGUCCAGUCAAUCAAUUUUCUUUUAGUAAUCAAUUGUGCAGUGGCUGUCAGCCUGGUCAGUAUACAACACGUCAAGGUCAAGGAUCAGUCAGAGAGUGUCGAGAUCCUUGUCUUCCUGGCUACUACUCUAAAGAUGGUCUUCAACCUUGUCUUCCAUGCCCAAGAGGUUUCUAUCAAAGUUCUUCACAGGCAAAAAGUUGUUCCGAAUGUUCCUCUAAUUUUAUGACAGACAGAGUGGCCUCCACUUCUGCUUCAGAUUGUAAGGAUGGAGUGCUGUCUCUAUGUGACAACUUAAAAUGUUUCAAUGGAGGUACUUGUCAAGUCAGUGGCCAUCAAGUUUAUUGUAUUUGUCCAGAAGGCUCUUCUGGUAGACAAUGUGAGGUCAUUCUCAGCCCAUGUAACUCACAGCCUUGUUACAAUCAAGGAAUCUGUGUCCCAACUGGAUCAACAACAUAUAGAUGUGAUUGUCCAUAUGCCCAUAUCUCUGGUAUGAAUUGUGAAAUUAACAACAAUGAUAUAUGCUCCACCAGUUCUUGUGGUAAUGAUGGUAUAUGUCAGCCAGGGCUCAAUAAUUUUACUUGUCAUUGUCCAUCCUACAGUCCCUACACAAAUGGACCAGCAGGAUUGUGUGAUCAACUUCGUAACCCAUGCAAUGAUGUUCCAUGUGAGAAUGGAGCCACAUGUCAGGCUUAUGGAAACAUUAGAAGAACUUGUCAAUGUUUACCUGGCUACACUGGGGACUCAUGUCAAAUUGAUAUGGAUUCAUGCCAGUCCUCACCUUGUAAAAACAAUGGCAGUUGUCAUGAUGGACCGUCCAAUACAUUUGUGUGUAUAUGUCCUGAAAAGUUUAGUGGUGACCUUUGUGAGAUAAGAAUAAAUAGAUGCACAUCUGCUUCAUGCCCAGCAUUUGCAUAUUGUGUAGAUGAUUAUCUGACCAAUCAGAUGCUUUGUUUAUGUCAAGAAGGAUUUAUUCAAGAUGUACUAGGUACUUGUGUACAAAAUCUCUAUGAUGCCUGUAAUCCCAGCCCAUGUCAGAAUGGAGGAACUUGUUACAAAAAUGGUGAUUCUUACAUAUGCAACUGUAUCACAGGCUAUGUAGGUGCCAACUGCCAACACAACUUUGAUGACUGUGAACCAAACCCAUGUCUUAAUGGUGGUGUAUGUACUGACUUACAGAGUCCAUCAGCAUCUACUCCUGGAUUCACUUGUCAAUGUCCUUUGGAAACUUUUGGUAGUAUCUGUACAGACAAUGUCAAUAUUUGUGAAGGUACCAUGAACCCUUGUAACAGACUACACAGUACCUGUAUUGAUUUAUUUCAAGAUUACUACUGUCAGUGUGAUGCUGGUUAUUUUGGAAAAAAUUGUACAAAAUCUAAUAACCAGCUGUGUGAUUCAUUCCCUUGUCAACAUGGUGGAACUUGUGUAGAGUCUCUUGAUUCUCAUACAUGUCACUGUGCCCCUGGAUAUACAGGAUCAAACUGUGAAAGUUUUGUUGACUUUUGUCUUUCCCUGCCAUGUUAUAACAAUGCUACAUGUGUCAGCUAUGAGCAAGGAUAUAUGUGUUCCUGUAUGUAUGGCUACACAGGAGGCAGAUGUGAAAAUACUUUUGAUGUUUGUCUAACUAGUAAUCCUUGUCAAGGGAAGGGAAGCAAAUGCAUUGACAGAGAUGGAGUUAUCUCCUGUGCUUGUGAAUCUGGUUACAGUGGCAUAUUCUGCCAAAUAAAAGAUGUGCAAUGCUCAUCAGACAUUUGUCUUAAUGGAGGAACAUGUCAAGAUAAUGUGACACAAAUAUACUGUGAUUGUCUACCAGGAUUUGAAGGAUUCCACUGUGAACUAAAUCCCAAUGAUUGCUUGUCCAAUGUGUGCCCAGAAGACUCAGUCUGUAUUGAUGGACUGAACAGCUACACUUGCCAGUGUCUUGAAGGAAGGUUAGGAAACAGUUGUAAAAUUGUUCCUAAUGACUUUGAUCUGAUACUAACUGCCACAAAUGGAUAUCAGUUAUCAGAUUACCAACAGAUGGUGCAACCUAUUAAUACUACUUCAGUAUCUAUUUCAACUUGGAUCAGAUACACACAGAAACACAUGUCUGGCAUUAUCUUAUCAUUUUAUGGAUGCAGCACUGAGUCAGAUUAUACUAGUGUCACGGAGAUGGUAAGACUAGAAAGUUACCAGCCAAUGAGUUUAUUUUUAGAACUUAAUGAACAAAGUGUGGUCAUUGCUAAUGUUACACUUGCUGAUGGACUCUGGCACCAUGUGGCUGUGACCUAUGAUGCUGGUUCUGGACAUGUUGCCCUAUACAUUGAUGGGUUAACUGUGUGGACAAACUCAACAAUAUUUACACCCUUUUUGCCUUAUGGCUGGUUGAUACUAGGUGGUGAGUACAAGCAGGAGACUCAUUCAGUCAGCCAUUCUAAUGGGAUGAUUGGUCGACUAAGUCGUGUCUACAUUACCAACACAACCUUGACCCAGUCUGAAGUCAAGCUUUUAAUCACUAAUAUUUCCUACAUCCCAAAUGGCUGGAUCUCUGGCUUUACAACUUUAAUGGCUUCUGGAAGAACAGCUCCUGUUGACUUUCAAAGUGAAUUGGAUUCACAAAUAUGUAUUCUUCAAAACUCAUGUAAACACCUAACUGUUGUACCGGAUGUGAAGUUUGUAACAUGUCCAUCAGAUCAAGUUAUUGUUACUGACAGAGUGAGUAAUCCAACCUGGCAGUCCCCUACAGCACUGAACACUAUUGUUGUGAGUUCCACACUUGUAUCUGGUCAAACAAAGAUGGGCUGGGGCAUACAGGGUGCAGCAUAUGCAGGCUUUGACAUCCUGGGCAAUGCUGAUAUGUGUACAUUCAAGAUCAUUACAAGGCGCACUAAGUGUAUGCAACCAAAAGCCAGUGAUAGUCAAGCCUUAAACUGCACAAUACUCAAGUCAGCUAUACAUUGCUCAGUACAAUGUAACAGAAAGGACUAUCACCUUGUGUCCAAGUCUCCUAAAUACUACACUUGUGGAACCUAUGGGAUGUAUGACUCUCCUGAGAGACUUCUACAAUUUCAAUUUCCCCCUUGUUCUUUAUGUACAGCACCAUUGUAUGACUACACCAUCACACUAAACUAUACAUUUAUAACUCCAAGCUCAUGUGGCUCUUCAGCUCACAAAGAUUUGGAAAAUCAGCUCAUCCUUGCCCUAAAGAAAUCUCUGACAUCUCUGCAGACUCAUUGGCCAGAUCUCUGUGCAACAUCUUGUACUAGUGUUCCAUUAUAUAUUACUUGUUUGAAUGAUAUGGAGAGCUCAGUUCAUUGGACUUUACCUGCACUAGGUGCCUAUCUUGAUAUUGCUAACCAAUCCAGCAGACUAGCCAUUCAAAAUUUAAUUCUGAUUAGUGUGAUAGAUGAGGGACUGUUUACUUAUGAUACAUUGGCCACACCAGACUUUCAGUCUCUGGUUAUAAAUGCUGAGGAAACAUGUCCCAGUGGAAAAGUUCUUGUAGACCAUUGUUGCUUGACUUGUGCAGCUGGUCAGUUUUAUAAUAACAUGACUAAGCAAUGCACAGAGUGUGCUAAAGGCACUUACCAAACAGAAACAGAUGUGCUAAAUGCAAGUGUAUGUAGACCAUGUCCAGCUGGUACAACCACAGCACAGCAAGGGACAACUUCAAACUCAGAGUGUUUCACUGCUUGCCCCAGUGGUAGCUACUACAAUUUGACAAAAGAGAAUUGCAGUGAUUGCCCUGUUGGAUUCUAUUCAGAGACUGCAGGACAGUUUAGUUGUGAUGCCUGUGACUAUACUCAAACUACGGCUAUUUCACAAUCUACCUCAAAACUCCUGUGUUUAGACCAACCUAAUACCAUUUUAGUGCAGACUAGCACUCUUGUUGCUGGACCUGACAUCCCAACAGCAGCAGCAUCAAUAUUACAGACCAAUGACUCAACUGUCCUGAAAAAUUUAUUGAUCACACUGUUGGUUAUCCUUCUUGUUAUUGUCAUACUGCUGCUUGUCUUCUGUUGCUGUCUGAAACCAUAUGUGGACAAGUACUGCCCAUGUUUUGUGAACAGAGUGGCACCCGAGGGAGCCACACCAUGGCAACAUGUCAACAAGUUUGGGGAAACUAAAAUCAAGUUUGUGGAGGCCAACAUGAGAGAUUUCAAUCAAGAUCACCAUAAUGAUAAAGAGCUGCUAGUAACUAAUGACAAUACAGAACUAGCAGUAACUAAUGACAAUACAGAACUAGCAGUAACUAAUGACAAUACAGAACUAGCAGUAACUAAUGACAACAUUCAAAGUCCAGUUGCCAAAUCUAAACUUCAAAUUCCUGUUUUUGAAGAAAAAAUUGACUACAGUCCUAUUCCAAAAACUUCCCACACAAUACAGUUCAAGAAUGACAAAGAAAUUCUUGAGAUAUCUGAAGAGCAACAAAAUUCCAACACUGAAAUAAAACCACAAGUUUUACCUCCCUUGAAAACUGUGCACAAAGAAUUUCCCCCUGAGUCUACAUCUGAAGUUUUAAGAUUGAAGCGACCACCAAGUGCUUUUAAUAGACCCAGACCAAAUUUAAAUCAGCUUUCCUAUGCAGCCUUUACUCAUCCCUCCAGCUUAUCUCCCUUACCAUCAGGAGCAUCUAACUCAGUAGAACAAGAUGAUAUUAUUUAAAAUCUCUCUGAAUGUACAUUAUUUAGAUCAACAUUUCUAUACAAUUGUUAAUAUUACUUUUAACUAAAGCAUACAUCACUCAUGUAAAUAUUUUAUUGCUAUUUAUUUUGUUUGCAUAUUUAUAUUAGUCACUGAUAUUUUCAAACAUGUUUCUUCAUUCAGAUAUUGACAUGUGUUGUUCAUUUGUUUUUAAAUAAAUUUUCUUAACAAUACCAGA